ACCAGACAGUUUCAUGGCUGACCUCUGCCCCCUCAGUACUGAGGGACUGCCUGCAGUCGCUCUCCAACCCCGAUGACCUGAGGUCUCUCCUGCAACACCAUAAAAGCCUCGAACACCUCGGUGCACAAGGAACCACUGUUGAGAUGUCCACGCAGGUCUUUGCCUGCUCCGAGUGUGCAUUCUUCCACAUGCAGGAGUCCUACCUGCUGCAGCACAUCGAGCACAGUCACCCAGAGCAAUACGGCAAGUUCCAGAAGGCUGCGACGACGGCCGACGCCCCAAAGAAGAGGGUCCAGUGCCCUGAGUUCCCAAAGCCUUUCCCCAUCCAUGACAGGCCCGACCCCCACACGUGUCAGGAGUGCGGCAAAACGUUCACCCGUGCCUCGGACGUGACUCGUCACCAGCGGACGCACACCGGAGAACGUCCCUACACCUGCGAUGAAUGUAAGAAGGGCUUCAAGAACUCUUGGGAUCUGACAAGACAUCAGCGCAUUCACAAUGGAGAACGGCCCUUCCUCUGCCCCCAGUGUGGCAAACGGUUCACGCAGAUGGGUUUGCUCAAACUGCACUUUAAGCGAACAGCCUGCGGACAGACAUGCAACCCUCCCUUAGACUUAACGACAGAGGUCGUAGUCGCUGAGGAGACAUCAGAGAAAGCCAGCGGUCAGUACAAAUGUCAGAAAUGUGGCGAGAGCUUCGACAGCAUCCUGGAGCGGCUGAGGCACAGGCAGGGACACGUGGUUCGGCGUCAGUACAAAUGCUCCCUGUGUGAGAAGAUCUACAGCCGAGCGUCGGAUUUAAAGAGACACCAGAUGAAGCACACGGGUGAGCGGCCAUUUUCCUGCGAGUGUGGCAAAAGCUUCACCCACGUGUGGCUCCUGAAUAAGCACCAGCAGAUCCACAUCAAGGAACGUCCUUACCCGUGUUCAGAGUGUGGGAAGAGCUUCACGCAGGUGCAGAUUCUCAACAGACACCUGCUGACUCACAAUGGCCAGCAGCCUUUCCAGUGCUCCUCCUGUGAGAAGAGCUUCACGCAGCUGGCCAGCCUCACACGCCACGAGAGAAUCCACACAGGCGAGAGGCCGUACGUCUGCUCCACCUGUGAGAAGACGUUCCUCACGCAGGGAGAACUGGGCAGACAUCAGCGCAGCCACAGCAACUUCAGGCCAUUCAGUUGCUCGCAGUGCCCCAAGAGCUUUAAAACCAAGCGUGCUCAGAGCGAGCACCUCAAUACGCACACGGGCGAGCGUCCGUUUACGUGCUCGCGCUGUGGGAAGAGAUUUGCCAAGUCGACCUCCCUCAUCCGGCACAACCUGACUCACACAGGAGAGCGACCGCACCAGUGCUCUCAGUGCGGAAAGACCUUCCUCACGUCCGGCGAGCUGCUCCUCCACAAACGGAUCCACACGGGAGAAAGGCCGUACCCCUGUUCCUACUGCGAGAGGAGGUUCAGGUGCUCGUCCGACCUCAACACGCACAUCCGGACACACACCGGGGAGAAGCCGCACAGCUGUCUGUUGUGUAAAAAGAGUUUCUCUACAUCUACAAGGCUGAAGAGACACGUGCGUAUACACGGAGAAGGGCUAAAAACAGUGUAAACACGUAAAGUUUGAGCUGUCAGGAGGCGAUACUGUAUUUAUGGAAA